GCAUCGCUGCGGGCCGCCGGGGGUCAUUGUCAGGCGGCGAUAACUUUUAUCUGAAAGCCACGAACAUUCGGGACUCGCUGGUCCGUUUUUCGUCGCACGCGAGCGCGCGCCUGUGGGCGGUUCGCGUGCGCACUCGGCUGUUUCCUCCUUGGCGCUCUCCUUGUUCGUCAGCCCUCGCCCUCGAGUGUGUCGCCUCGGCUUACACGCGUUUGCUUUUAAUAGGCCCAGCGCAGCCAGCCAGCCUCGAUAAAGCCGCCUUUCGAGACACCCACGGAGCCAGUGCGCGAAACCCGUCCCAGACGCGAGCGAACUUGCCAGACGGGCGCCAUGAACGCUGCGGCGUUGAGCGCGCUGCUCUUGCUGCUCUGCUCUGUCCAGCGCGCGGCGACGGACUGCGUCUUCAGGGGCCACUGCACCAACGACGAGGACACGGACAAGGCCAUUCCCUGCGCAGUGCGGCAGAAGCCCGCACCCAUGGUCGACGACUCGUCGUGGCGGCUCUUCUCCGACGUUUGCCCGCAGCUGGCCGCUCAAGUGAAGGCUGACCGCGCAGUGUGCUGCGACGUCUCCCAGGUGCGAGACCUUGCCCGCGAACUCGAGCAGCCUGCGAGCCUCGGCAUGACGAAAUGCCCCGCCUGCAUGCUCAACUUCAAGGACCUGCUGUGCCGCAUGACGUGCUCCCCGAAGCAGUCGCAGUUCCUCGCGGUCAACGCCACAGCCAAGGCUGGCUCCCGUCCGCACGUCGCUGAAUUGGUGUACGCCCUGCGGCCCGAUUACGCCCAGGGCGUCUACGACUCGUGCAGAGACGUUCGUAGUGUGGUGUUCGGCAUCAAGCUCAUGACGCUCAUGUGCGGAGGCCGCGUUCUCGGCUGCUCGCCUCAGAAGUGGCUCGAUUUUCUCGGCUCCACACCGGCCGAGGGCGGCUUCUCACCCUUCAAGAUCCACCAUGUCAUCACCGAGCAACCGGUCGCUCCCCUUGGGCGGCCCUUGACCCCCCUUGCGGUGCCCUUCCUGAUGCCCUGCUAGGGAUUCUUUUGUGCGUGACUCGCUUUUUAGUACACUGUAAAACUAAGGAGAAUAAACGCUGUUUUAGAGCA